CAUUCUCCCACCAUCCACAAAAGAAGAAGGAACGAACAAAAUUCCCUUGAUUUUCGUUUUCCACAUCAAGCGAAGAAAAUCAUAGAAAAGGAACAAACAAAGCUUUGAAACGUCUGGUGAUCAUAACAAGCGCAGGAAGAGUAGUCUCUCUUGGGAAAAAAAACAUUAGCAGAGCCAUGAGCCACGGCGGGCCUUUCCCAGGAUAUUCACGGAUGCUACCACCGUAUUUCCUCGAUCCGAACGUCUCCGGUGAGGGCCAUGGCCGAACUCCGGUCCGAACAACUCCUGUUCCGAUAGAGUGGAGGACAGCAUCAGCUGAUCCCGUUUGGGAAGCGACGGUGGAGCAGAGGAUGAUUAUCAGAGACCAUCCUGGUUUCCCCCGCAUUCUGCCGCCGCCAUCAUCACCUUUCCAACGACCUCUAGGCGUGGAAAUCGCGCUCCUCCGUGAUGCAAUAAUGUCGAGGGAGCUCGGAGAAUUCGCCUCCCUCGUACCGCCGUCGAGUAUAUAUGGAACCCAGAGGUCGCCUGCGGACUCCAAAUUAACCGAGGAAGAGCAGAAUGGAGCAGUGAAGAAGUUGAGGAGAGUGGUGUAUGCUCCAGCGUCGUUGUCGUCGCUAGGUAGCCGGGUGAGCCUGUACUACAGAGAUCGAUACCCAGGCGCGGCGGCGGCGGGCAGGGCGAAACAAGCAGAGGAGGAAGGGAAGAGGUGUGCGGUUUGCUUGGAAGAUUUUGAAGCAAAGGAACAAGUCAUGCUGACUCCCUGCGACCAUAUGUUCCAUGAGGACUGUAUUGUUCCCUGGGUUAGGAGCAAUGGCAAUUGCCCGGUUUGCCGUUUCUCACUCUCGGAUCGCAGCCGGUUGGGUAAGGGCUUAAUAUAACUCCCAUCGGAAUGCGCAUAGAUAGUUAGUUCUGUUCUGUAACACUAAAACGAAAAUGGAAAAUCUAAAUUUAGAUAACCGGAGAAGGAGCGGGAACAAUGUGUUUGUAUUUGAUUACUAUAAGUGUAAGCCUUGGUUAUUGUCGGGGCAAUUCUCUGGUAAUCAUGACCGGUUCAACUAAGGUAGGUCUGGUUUAGGAUGGUUCAGACAAGAUUGUUUGGGUUUGUAAUUGUCUGGUAUGACUAGUUUUCCCGCAAGAUAUUGUCAAGAAGC